AUGAAGGCUGAGUUCCUGAUUUUCGUGUUGUGUUUGCUUUUGAGCCAGGGGUUGGCUGAAGAUCGGCACCCCCUUGUUGCAUCCCUUGGUGCUCUCCGCGUAUUGCACUACAACAAUCUUGGCCCUCAGAACAAUGGAACUUCAGCUGUUUUAGCAUACGAUCACUCGAACUAUGCUGAUGCCACUGCAAAAUGCACUGCCAUUGGCGAGAAGCUCUUUCCGUGGUCUUUGAGUCAAAACAAUAGUCAAACCCACAUCGAACUCGAUUAUGAACUGGAUUAUCUCGUCUUUACAAAGGAGCUAGGAGCUGAUGACUACUUGUGGCUGUCGACAGAGCAGAAGAAUCGCAAGAGUUGUUCUGCUUUCUCGAUCUUCCAUCGCAAGACCAUACAGAAAUCAUGCACAGACAAGCUACCAGUCCUCUGUACAUCUACUCCGCCCGCGACAACCGAUCUCGACGAAGCUGCAAGAGAAACCACGAAGCUGACCGUGACAUCCAACGAUUAUACCUUCACUGGAUAUCGAGAUGCGCGAUCCUUCCGCUUCCUCGGUAUACCCUUUGCCAGUCCCCCGAUCGAUGAUCUGCGCUUUGCCCCACCGCAGCCCUACACAGGACAGAAGAACCUCAAUGCGACUAGAAUGGGAGAUUCAUGUAUACAAUCACGUUCAAGCUUAAGCACCGUGCCUAUCGGUGGAAUGUCCGAGAACUGCCUCUAUUUGAACGUCUUCACCCCGUUCCUGCCUCCAAAUUUCAACAAAGCCACCGCCCUCCUCCCCGUGGCUGUUUAUUUUUACGGGGGUGCAUUCACAAAGGGCACCGCAGCUAUGAUUGAUUAUGACGGGGGAAAUUUUGCCAGCCGUAGCGAUGUGGUCGUCAUCACCCUUAACUAUCGACUUGGAGCAUUGGGCUUUUUGUCGACGGGAAACCUGACAACUGGGAGCUAUGGGAUUCAGGAUCAGAUUAUGGCUUUGGAAUGGAUACAAAAGCACAUAUCUGCCUUGGGAGGGGAUCCCUCACAUGUUACUAUCUUCGGACAGUCUUCUGGUGGUCAAAGCGUGGUAGCCCUGCUCUCUUCUACCGCAGCAAAGGGACUCUUCUCCGGCGCGCUGGUGCAAUCAGCAAAUUUUGACCUCCCAUGGUUCCCUCGCGGAAUUUACUCUAGAUAUAUCACCCCAGAAGUCGCAAAGGCAGUUGGCUGUGAUGGGGACAUUUCCGAAGCAAACCUCGUCGACUGCCUUCGUUCCGUCCCGGCUUCAAUGUAUCUGGAUAACUCGACCGCUUUCCGAAAUGCUACAAAGGCCUUCUCAUCCAGCAUCGCAAGUCAUUUCUACAACACUACAGAACUGAUAUCCGCAGCAGAGCCAUUCAUGCCAAUGGUAGACGACACCGGAUCCGGCGUCGUCGACGACCAAUUCAACAACCUCCUAACAAACAAUAAUCUUCCCAUCAACGUCCCGACAAUGUUCACCACUGUUCGCGACGAGGCAAGCCUAUACACGGACAUUCUCGGCCUCGGCUCGACCCAAGCCCCACUCGGUACAUUGCUUAAAGCCAUAUUUGGCGAUGCUCUUGCGACAAAAAUAAUAUCCUCUGGCGCGUACAAUGUGGACGAUUCGGAUCACGAUGCCGUCCUUAAAGCUGCUUCCGAUGCCCUGACGCAUAGUCAAUGGAUGUGUCCACUGGGCUAUCUUCUUGACAAUUCCAAUUCCAAUUCCGCCUUCCCCUCCCUAUACGAGCUCCAAAUAGCAGACGGUCAUGCGCAGACGUUACAGAUGCCGGCUAUAUGUUCACCGAAUAGUCGAUACAACGCUUCCUGUCACACCUCAGAUAUCUUGCUCGCAUGGGGUACACUGAAUACCAAGACGGAAGACGUUCAGCCGUACUACGACGAUCGGGAUAUUCUUCACUCGCAACUUGUCCAUGAUGUCUUUGGGGCAUUUUUCCGCGAGAGAAACCCAAACCCAGAUUUGGAGUUCUUGAAGGUUCGUGGUCCUGCAUAUGCAAGUACUCUUUCUAUAUUUGAGGGUGAAUUUAGUUCAAAUUCCUUGCUUGGGCGUGCCGAGAAGGCGCUUGUUAUUGAACAAUAUACGCCGGAACGGAAUAUGACCCUUCUGGGGAUGCUACCGUCUAGUACGAAUAAUUUUGAGGACGAGAAUAUCUGUGUUGCUCUGCGUGAUUAUGGGUUUACUUUCCAACGGGCACAGCUGUCAGAUUAA